UUUCCUCGGACCUGCUUUGUUUUUUUUUUGUUUUUUUUUUUCUCGGUUGGUCGGCCUCUCUGUGCCCGCCUCCUCCCCCUCCUCCGCCGGGCUUCCCCCCCCUCUGUGGCGUGCUUUGCCCCGGCCAGAAGCUCACCUGUUGACGGCGAAACGAGAACGCGAGAAACGCGUCAACGUGCCUCUUCUUCUUUAACCGGGAGACUUUGAAUCAGCUCACGAGAGAGAAACAAAAGUGGCAGUUGUCAGCCUUUUGAGAGAAGACCAAUCCAUGUAGGAAUUUUGAAAGUGAAAGCGGUUUAAAAAAAACCGUCUUUCGGAGGUUGGACAAACUUCUGCCACACGAGUCUCCACGACUGAGUGAAAGGUCAGCUGAUGUCUGUUUGAGUGACAGUGCAACUCCAGAUGAAUCAGUAAAUGACUGUGGUGCCUUAUCCUAAAGGGAAAAUUGAGCUUUAACCAGCAUAGUAAGAGAACUGGUUAGAGCGUUGGCCUCGGUUCUGAGGACCUGGUUUCAAAUCCUGACCCCGCCUGUGUGGAGUUUGCAUGUUUUCCCCGUGCCUGGCAAUGCCCCAAAGCAAUAUGGAGAGUCCCAGGAUUCAGUGGCAGGAGGGGCCCCAGCCACUGUGGAUCACCAGUGUGGCUGGCAGUCCCGGCUCCUCAGGGGCAGAGUCGGACACUGAGAGCAGCAGCACAGAGAGCGAGAAAUCCCGUGUCAAAAAGACAGAUGUGGGCUCACCCAAGGUGCUCUUGUCACCCUCCAAGCUCCAGCAGCGAAUCGCAGAGCUUGACCAACAGAAGGAAGAACUCAAGAUUGAAUUGCAGCUAGAGAUCGCCCUGCUGCAAGGCGAGCUGGAGACAGAAAGGACACAGCUGCUUAGGCACACAUGCAAGCUCCAAGAACUUCGGGAACAGGCCGAACUGAAAUUUGGCCAAAGUCAGCAGAAACAGGAGCGCACGCGUCUUGAGGAGGAGAGGGUCCGAGUGCAGGAGCUGAGGAGGAAGUGCGAGGAGAAGCAGGACCUUAUCCCGAGUCAGCCGGCGAGCCAGAGGGAGCAUCUCACGCUCCAGCUGCAGCACGAUAAAGAGGCGAUGGAGGCGGCCGUGCGGGCAUUUGAGGACUGGGAGUUUCGGGUUCUGGAGCAAGAGAGCGGCGUGGAUGAAGUAGAGGAUGAGGAGGAGGGGGGUGUGGGCAAGGAAGACAACCGCAAAGACGAAGAGAAGAGAGCGUCACUGGAGAGGGACAUCUCAUGCCAGCAGCUUGCCGUCAGCGGAGCACAGGAACGAGUUCAGCUGCUGGAGACGCAGCUAAAGGACAUGGAGGGCGAGAAGGAGCGAGAGCUGGACGCCCUGACCAAGGAGAAGAGAGACCUCAUGCAUUCCAAUCACAUAGUCAACACGGUUGUCCAAGAGAAGAAGCUGCUUACUGAUUGGUCGGAUGUCACCGGCUCCGCCCCAUGCGUGAUGUCACUGUCACCUAUUCGCGUUCAUAAGCCUUCUCAGGAGCCCCACAAAGACCCUGGCACGCUUCCUUGGAGACGGAGUUCACACCGGAGCGGCAGACUGAAGGAUAGGCCACUCUCGGCUCAGGGCCUGGCGAGGGCAACCCUGGGUAGCAGCCAUCCCCAGGAGGCGCACACCUCCCCCCUCUCCUCUCCGCGUCAGAGACUCCACAACGGGCAUGUCGUUGGCCACAGAGUCGACAGUGCCAACGGCUGCGAACGCUUCAUAUCCUGCGAUAGCACACACGGCUCUCGUGCUGCCAGUCCGUCUCUGAUGGAUUUGGUGGAGAUUGAGAGGAAGUUGCGGGAAGCCAAAGCAGAACGGGAACGACUCCUCAGAGAAAGGGAACAGCGACAACGUGUCUUGGAGGAGAGAAGACAGCAGGAGCUCAACACCCCCGGGCAAGAAUCGGGAGAGCUAAGCAAUCCGCACAAGCCAGAACCACUGGAGCACCAGAUCAGACCACCGCAGAUGCUGCCUCUGUCCUUGUCUCCGGACUUCGACCUGCGUGCUCAUGUGGAGUCUCUGGGUCACGGCGUGUCAGGCUGCACUGACCUCCGCCUGACAUCUCGCCGCUGUGCGGGCUUCCUGACUAAGCGAGGGGGCCGGGUCAAGACCUGGAAGAAGAGGUGGUUCCUCUUUGACGUGGACCACCGACGGCUGGCCUACUAUACAGAUUGUGACGAGAGGAAGCUGAAAGGCGUCAUCUACUUCCAGGCUAUAGAAGAGGUUUACUACGACCACCUGCGCACGGCUGCCUCUUCGCCUCGACCCAGCCUGACGUUCUGCGUCAAGACGUACGACCGCCUCUUCUUCCUUGUGGCGUCAAAUCCAGUGGCCAUGAGGAUCUGGAUGGAUGUCAUUGUUACAGCAACCGACGAGCACAGCCGCUAUUGACCUCACCAGGUGAGCGUUUGCUGAAGAGGAAGAAGCAGCUAUUACUUUUUAAAGCAGGAUGACUCUGAUCAGUCUAUUACUGGGUAUUAUUUGUCUCCCCUUUCGGGUCACCGUCGGAUAUUGCAGCUGUGAGAGACUAAGGGACCAAUAAUGCAUUCCCAGGCCAAUCAAAAUUGGAUGGAUUGACAAUCGUAUUGUACUCCCGUAUGUAUUGGACAUUUUCACAGGAUUAACUUAUUCCAUGGAUGUGUGUGGGUUUGCAAAUACAUGAAGUCAUACACUGUUCCCAAUGCACUAUUAAAUA